GGCUCCCAUUGCUUGUGCAUUGGAGGGAGGACUGAACAUCACCAAACAACCAACAAAGAGCACUCUGUCGGUCCUGAGAGAGAGCAAACGACUCAGCUUCCACGUCCAACUGACCAGAAUGGGACAGAACCAGGAUAAACUAGAAGGGGGAGAACAGGCCCUUGGUGAAGGGUUGGAGGAGACUAUGCUAAACCCUGACUCUGAAGGAGCAGGCAGUCAUACAGGUGAUGUCAUGGAGGGAGGAAGCUCCUGUGAGGAGGAGGCUGGUAACACCAAGGAAAAUUCAGGGGAGCCAGACGCUGAGGAUCUGGAUGGGAGCCCCGGCCAGGAGCCAACAACACCUUCCAGUGAGAAGCACAUAAAUUUGUGGGUGAGUCCUUUCGUUGCACAGGAGGUGAGACAGGGAGGGGCUGCAGGAAAGGAGGGAGGAGGAGGAGGCAGGGCCACUCCAGUGGUUCCACAGGAGACGAACAAAAACCAAAAGAGUAGCACGAGGAUUGAGGAAAGAGCCGGAGCACACAAGCUGUUUAGUCAAAUCAAAAGAGAGGAGAAGAAGGCUAAGGAGGAGCUUCAGAGAUUCUCAAAGAACAAGAUGGAGUAUCAGGAUGAGGGAAGUGUCCAACGUGAGGAGAUCCAGGAUGAAAACUUCUCAUAUAAAAGGUCUGGCUCUGCUGUUACCACAGAGGAUGCAAACUCUGUGCUGAUGAAGAUGAGCAGACGUGGAGUUCAUGCAGGAAGUGAGCUGGUACUGUCUUUUCAACAAGACCAGCAUGACACCAACAUGGUUGCAGCUGAAGACAUUCAACUCUGUGCAGGAACAGUGGGCCGCUUGAGUGAGAGGAAGGAACCGCCUACCGCUCAAUCCCAACAUCCUUUGAAAAACAAUCUGGAGAAAGAGUCACUAUUAGACAUGAGUGAUACCAUUCACUGUAGACCUCAAAAAGAGAGAACAGAUACAAAGGAGGAAGCAUGUGAGGUGAGGCCAGUUUGGAACGACUUCUCUUCGACAAAACCAAAAGUCAGUGACACUGUGGAUCAAAGGGAGUCAGUGAGGCCUUAUCUACAAGUGGACACAACUGAAACAACCACAGAUCAAGAGAUAGACUCAUGUUCAGCAUCAAAUCCAGUCAGUGAGCCCAGUUCAAUUUUGGAGAAACUACUGAAGAGAGACAGAAAGGAGACGACCCCAGCUCCUUCAAAAACAAAAAAGGCUGACACAAACAACAAGGUCACCAUGGAUGUUACUGCAAAAAGGAUCCCUGACAGUGCAGCAACAGAGCAUUUCAACGAUAAACUCAAUCAGUCAGUAUGUGACAUGAAGGGAUUGAAAGAGAAACCACCUAAAGAAAACCGUGCAACCAAAGAACACCACAUUAAGGAUGUGGACAUGAAACAAGCAGAUGCAGCUGAUAGUAUGACUGCAGAUUGUUUUCAGCCUGGAGUGACUGGGAAUACUACGUGUGAGAGUUCACUUACAAAAUCCCCAUGCUCUAAAGCUGAUUUUCAGAGUGCAGAGAACAUCAACUCAACAGAUGCCUCAGCUAAUAAUGAUACUGAGAUAAAGCCAAACGUGCAUACCUUUAGAAAUCUGUCUUCAGGCAACUUGCAAUCAGCUGUCUCACAUGAGAGGAUGUCAUGUGAGGUGAGUGAUGUGAUUGCUGAGGAAUCUGCACCUUUAUCAGUGUCUGAUGUGAAGUCUCCACAAACAAAAAGUGAUGAUCAAAUUGCAGACUCAUCCUAUUUACUUUCUGCUGACACAACAGACACCAGUACUAUAAGACCACCUCUACAAAUGAAAAGUGACAGUGAGUGCAAAUCAUCCCCAGAUGCUCAAUCUGUGAGGAGGAGGAAGGUGAGGGGCUCGACUGAGGACACUGCAACACCAGCUGUAGAUGCUGGCUCAGUUUUGGUUGCAGCCAGCACAGUUAUCCCAGAGGAAAGCCACCAGGCCACAAAGCAGGAUCUUGAUAUGACACUUAACACAGACAAUGCGAUGCCAGAUCAUCAUGAUGAACAACCUGGCAAAGAUGGAGAUGACAGAGUCUUGAAGAGAGAUAAAUCCCAAAGCACUCCCAGAUCUAGGCCUGUCUCAGAGCUCAUAAAGGAGACCAUUCAACUGCACGAAAAGCUGCAGCACCAGGACCGGCCAAAGCCAGCUGAAGUCAAACCUGAAGAGCAGGGCCAGUCUGUGAAGGUGGCGCAGAUGAAGGCGGCUUUCGACUCAGCUCAGAAAUCCCCUGACAAGGCAAUCGACAGGAAGCCAUCAAUGAGAAGAGAUAUGAGACGAGGAGUUGUACGGCAGAGCAAAUUCCGUCACGUCUUUGGCCAGGCGGUGAAGAAUGACCAAUGCUACGAUGAUAUCCGGGUGUCAAGGGUCACAUGGGACAGCGCCUUCUGUUCGGUCAACCCCAAGUUUGUUGCCAUAAUUAUUGAGGCCAGUGGUGGAGGAGCUUUCCUCGUUCUCCCUCUGCACAAGACAGGACGCAUUGACAAAUCCUACCCCACAGUGUGUGGUCACACAGGCCCGGUGUUAGACAUUGAGUGGUGCCCCCACAAUGAUCAGGUCAUUGCCAGCGGCUCUGAGGACUGCACAGUGAUGGUGUGGCAGAUUCCUGAGAAUGGCCUUGUCACUUGCAUGUCUGAGCCAGUGGUGGUACUGGAGGGCCACUCCAAGCGCGUUGGCAUCAUUACAUGGCACCCAACAGCACGCAAUGUCCUUCUUAGUGCAGGUUGUGACAACCAGAUCAUCAUCUGGAAUGCGGGCACAGGAGAGGCUAUGAUCACCCUGGAGGACAUGCACCCGGAUGUCAUUUACAACGUGAGCUGGAAUCGCAACGGGAGCCUCAUCUGCACUGCCUGCAAGGACAAGGCCAUUCGUGUCAUUGAUCCCCGCAAGGAGAUGAUUGUUGCUGAGAAGGAGAAGGCACAUGAGGGCGCUCGGCCCAUGAGGGCCAUUUUCCUUGCUGAUGGCAACAUCCUCACCACAGGCUUCAGUCGAAUGAGUGAGAGACAGCUCGCCCUCUGGAACACGGAAAAAAUGGAGGAGCCCAUUACUGUUCAUGAGAUGGACACCAGCAACGGAGUGCUCUUGCCCUUCUACGACCCAGACACCAACGUUGUUUACCUCUGUGGGAAGGGUGACAGCAGCAUCCGUUACUUUGAAAUCACAGAUGAGGCUCCAUAUGUUCACUACCUCAGCACCUUCACCACCAAGGAGCCCCAGAGGGGCAUGGGCUACAUGGCCAAGAGGGGCCUUGAUGUCAAUAAGUGUGAAAUUGCAAGGUUCUAUAAACUGCAUGAAAGGAAGUGUGAGCCUAUCGUGAUGACUGUACCAAGAAAGUCGGACCUGUUCCAGGACGACUUGUACCCAGACACAUCUGGACCUGACCCUGCCCUGGAGGCUGAGGAGUGGUUCGAUAACAAGAAUGGAGACCCCAUCCUCAUCUCCCUCAAGAACGGUUAUGUCCCGCUCAAGAACCGCGAAUUCAAGGUGGUCAAAAAGAACAUUUUGGACAACAAGGUGACCAAGAACACAGAGAACUCAAGCCCUGCCACCAAGUCUGCCUCCCCAACUCCAUCGAUUAAAUCUGAAGCCAAGCUGGAGGAGAUCUUGAAAGAAAUCAAAUCUCUCAAGGACCUGGUCAGCUCUCAGGAGAAGCGAAUCAUCACACUUGAAGAGCAAAUGUCCAAAAUUGCCAUUUAGGGACCUUUUACCCAACCCGCUACAAUUCAGGACGUUCCACUGGCUGGGGGGUGGGCGGGACCAGUCACUGCCUAUCUCAAUGACAGUGUUUCGUCUGAGGCCUGCCUAGCAACGAUCCCUAGCAACAUUCCAGAUGAACUUUUUCUUAGCCAGCCCCCGACCCUCAGUAUAACACAGGUGGAAUAAAGACGUAUGGCAAAUUUAGCAGAAAAUACUCUUUUGCUUUUUGGUGACAAAGGACUCUUUUCCUUUUAUUGUGUGGCAGUCGUUUUUUAUUUUGUCUACUUGUAUAAAAAAAGAGGUCUUACAGAUUCCUUUGCAUUUUAAAAAUAUGACCAGUCGAAUAUCAACAGUCCCUAUUUGCCAUUGCAUACCCAAAUAUUUUUUUUUACAUAGGUAUCAGUGUUUCAUGUUAACAUACCCCAAAAUUGUAAUGUUGCCAAAUUUGACUUUUUGUUUACACCUCCUUAACAGUAUUUCUUUCUUUCUCUUUGUGGGAAGAUUCAAAAUGCAAACAGGGACGCUUAGUGCUGGUUAUGUAAGGAGGUCAUCAAUAAAUUACUAUGAAAUUAAGAUAAUUUAAAUUAAUUGGGUAGUUAUGCCAGGAAGAUGAUGUCUCAAACUGUGUAAUUAGAGGAAAUAAAUUCAGAUUAAAGACCUGUUAAGCUGCCACAGUCUACACCGAGUACCCAGACAUCACACAAAUGACAAUUCUUGCUGUCUGUGUUGAAGCUGCACAAAUUAACUCCUGCUUUCUGCCAUUUCUUCCCAUUCCUGUUGCUUCCCAUCAUUCUGACUGUGGACAGUCGUUCACGUAAACAUGCAUUCCUUUCUGUCUUGCUUCAUUAACAUGCACAGUGUGCUGAUUGGAUGAAAUGACAAACACAUUCCACAAAUCUCAUCGGCAGUUCUUGGUGUUGGGGGAAAAAAUACUCCUAUAAUGUUCUUCUCUCUGUGAACACUCUCCUGUAGUGACUCAGUUACACUGGUUGGUUGCUGUUGUAACAUCUAUGUGCUGCCCAUGAAAAGACCAACCUCAGCUCUGUUUUGUUUUUGUGAGAGGUUCAGUCAGCGACCUCAGUGUUUAGUGUCCACGGGCUUCGCUCAACACACAAGUGCAGUCAAGUGUAGUGGGAUUAUUUUUUGUCGCCAUUCCUAACGCAUCAUAUUCCAUCCCAGAUCUGUAUCCUCUGUACAAACAAGACAGGAAUUGACAUGAAAUGACACCAAGUAAUUACACAUCGACUUGACUCUUUAAAACCUUCUGGUGAUAAAACUGGAGAUUGCUGGAGAAACUGUUCAUGAUAGACCUGACAGGCCAAGAUUGUGUGUGAAUAUGUGCCUCAUGUCUUUGGUCUUUUUGGGUACCUAUCACUAUGGAGGUUUUGUUUCUUAUUGGAGGGGAGGGUUAUGAAAAGGACUCAGUAGAACGUCCAAGACUUGCCUCUAACUUGUAUGAAUUGAAUAGUUGGGUUAUCGCUUCACUGUUAAUUUUAGCCUAUUUCUUGUUCCAGCUGUGCUUAUAUCCCUCUUAGCACUUCCACUUUUGUUUUAAUGGUUUAUUUCUCAGAUGCCCCCGAUUCAGUAUAGGUGUCACAAAAUCAAGGAACCAUUGAAUUGUCCGGUCUGAGCUGUUUUAAUCGGACUGAUGCGAUAAUGUUUUGGAUUUGUUUCCCAGUGGGAAGCUGAGACGGGUAAUGGUUCAGUCUGUUGUUUGCCUUCAAUAUUUUGUUACCACUGUAAAGACCUGAAAGUGCCAUAGAGGUGACCACGGAAGUGUUUGUAGGGGACUGUUGUGAGAGUAGAUGUGUGUAGUAAAUGGAAGAAUCGAUAGGUGCCCAGACUUAAAAUCACUUUGAGGUGCUAUGCUUAGUACGAACACCAUGUUCAAAGGACACUGUUGCUAAAGUACUGUUAGCCACAUGGAUGACAUCAUGAAGUCCUGCCAAUCCAGCCCACAGUACACCAGGCAGCAUUACUUGUUGGGGUUUAAUAAUCAACCUUGACAUUUUGACACUUUCCCACCUUGGUACGGGUAUGAAAACAUCUUCAAAACUGAUGUCAAACCGAGAAGCAGCCUUUUGAGUCAUCGUGGCUUUGAGAUGCAAUUUAAGCAGCGAGUCGUAGAAUAUUAGUGACAGGAAAUCAAGUGCUACAGAAAUGUGUCUGACACAAAUUACACUGCCCUAUGUUGUAUAUCAGACUGCCACUCUAUGGAUUGUUUGUAGCACUGUUGGCACGAGAGCAAAGUUUGGAGGAGUAGUAGUGAAUAGCGAUCCAAAGGGACACUGUAGGUUGGAGAAAUGUGCAGUUGAAAGAUAGAUGUAUGUUUGUAAUUUAGGUCUAGGAAACUGAGUGAAAGCUGUGUAAAUAACAUGACCAUAUUUUCUGUAUUUUUCUUCUUCUUUUUUAAUUUGAUUUCUGUUUUGUGGUUGUGCUGAAGAGGGUAUUUGUGUGGGAGGUGGGUUUUAAAUGUUUCCCCUUGUCUUUGUUCCCUGCACCUUGCCAUAAUGCAUCAUGAGAAAAGUAGAACCUCCGUUAAUGCUGGAGGGCGUAUGAAUAUCAAGAAAGUUAAAUCAGACAAAAACGAACCAGGACGGAGCCUCGUGUCGGAGGUCUGCUCAGCAUUUUUGUUCAUUAUUCUUGCUUCAAGUAUCAAACAUUGAUUAUAAGAAAAAUUAAUAAAGAAUUUUUAAAAUGG